CAGGGGCUUUCUUUGUGAAACAAAAAAAAUAGGUAGACCCUGGAAUUGAGGUGCCGCGUUAUAGUGUUGGUGAGACCACAGAAUCUCAUUUGAAAGGAUUGUUUUUUGCAUUUAUUGCUAGGAAACACGUUUGGCGCGUGUGGUGGUUGCGUGGAAUCGAGAGGAGUUGAACUGUAUCUAAAAAUGAUCACUUCUGCGGCUGGGAUAAUUUCCCUUUUGGACGAAGAAGAGCCUCAGCUUAAGGAAUUUGCGCUACAUAAGCUGAACUCCAUCGUCAAUGACUUCUGGGCUGAGAUUUCAGAGUCGGUUGAUAAAAUUGAAGUCCUAUACGAAGAUGAGACUUUCCGUAGCCGGGAGUUUGCGGCGCUGGUGGCCUCCAAAGUCUUCUACCACCUGGGCGCGUUUGAAGAGUCUUUGAAUUACGCUCUGGGUGCCGGGGACCUGUUCAAUGUGGCCGAUGACUCCGAGUAUGUAGAGACCAUAAUCGCGAAAUGCAUCGACCACUACACCAAGCAGCGCGUGGAGAACGCGGAGCUGCAGGAGGGCGAGGAGGGCCGCAGCAUCGACCCCCGUCUGGAGGGCAUCGUCAACAAGAUGUUCCUGCGUUGCCUGGGCGACCACAAGUACAAGCAGGCCAUCGGCAUCGCCUUGGAGACGCGGCGCCUGGACGUCUUCGAGAAGACCAUCCUGGAGUCUAAUGACGUUGGCGGGCUGCUGGCCUACAGCCUGAAGGUGUGCAUGUCGCUCAUGCAGAACAAGCAGUUCAGGAACGAGGUCCUGCGGGUGCUGGUCAAGCUGUACAUGAACCUGGAGAAGCCCGACUUCAUCAACGUCUGCCAGUGUCUGAUCUUCCUGGACGACCCCCAGGCGGUCAGCGACAUCCUGGAGAAGCUGAUGAAGGAGGGCAAUCUGCUCAUGGCCUAUCAGAUCUGCUUCGACCUGUACCAGAGCGCCAGCCAGCAGUUCCUGAGCUCCGUCAUCCAGAACCUGCGGACGGUGGGCAGCCCCAUGCCCACGGUCCCCGGGUCCACCAACACCGGCACCGUGCCCACACCGGACAAGGACAGCGACGCCAUGGAAACGGAUGACAAAGCUGCCAGCUCUCCAACAGGGAAGCCUGCAGAAGUGAAAGAGGAACCGAAAGACCAGAACUCAAAGAUGAUCAUGAUCCUUAGCGGGGAAAUGGCCAUAGAACUGCACCUCCAGUUCCUCAUCAGAAACAACAACACAGACCUAAUGAUCCUCAAGAACACAAAGGACGCGGUGCGAAACUCCGUAUGCCACACGGCGACCGUCAUCGCCAACUCCUUCAUGCACACGGGGACCACCAGCGACCAGUUCCUCAGAGAGAAUUUGGAGUGGUUAGCCAGAGCGACAAACUGGGCCAAGUUCACUGCCACUGCGAGUCUGGGAGUCAUUCACAAGGGCCAUGAGAAAGAGGCCCUGCAGUUGAUGGCCACAUACCUGCCCAAAGACACCUCACCUGGGUCGGCCUACCAGGAGGGAGGGGGUCUGUACGCGCUGGGUCUCAUCCACGCCAAUCACGGCGGUGACAUCAUCGACUACCUGCUCAGCCAGCUCAAAAACGCCAGCAAUGACAUCGUGCGGCAUGGUGGGGCGCUGGGUUUGGGGCUGGCUGCUUUGGGCACCGCGCGGCAGGACGUCUACGACCUGCUCAAGUCCAACCUGUACCAGGACGAUGCUGUCACAGGCGAGGCGGCGGGGCUGGCCCUGGGGCUGGUGAUGCUGGGCUCCAAGUCGGCCCAGGCCAUCGAGGACAUGGUGGGGUACGCCCAGGAGACGCAGCACGAGAAGAUCCUGCGCGGCCUGGCGGUGGGCAUCGCCCUGGUGAUGUACGGCCGCAUGGAGGAGGCCGACACCCUCAUCGAGAGCCUCUGCCGGGACAAGGACCCCAUCCUGCGGCGGUCGGGGAUGUACACGGUGGGCAUGGCGUACUGCGGCUCUGGGAACAACAAGGCCAUCCGGCGCCUGCUGCACGUGGCGGUGAGCGAUGUGAACGAUGAUGUGAGGAGGGCUGCAGUGGAGUCCAUCGGGUUCAUCAUGUUCAGGACCCCGGAGCAGUGCCCCAGCGUGGUGUCUCUGCUCUCUGAGAGCUACAACCCCCACGUGCGCUGUGGGGCCGCCAUGGCCCUGGGGAUCUGCUGUGCUGGCACCGGCAACAAGGAGGCCAUCAACCUGCUGGAGCCCAUGACCAACGACCCGGUGAACUACGUCAGGCAGGGGGCGCUGAUCGCCUCGGCUCUCAUCAUGAUCCAGCAGAGCGAGGUCACCUGCCCCAAGGUUAACCAGUUCCGGCAGCUGUACGCCAAGGUCAUCAACGACAAGCACGAUGAUGUAAUGGCGAAGUUUGGCGCCAUCCUGGCCCAGGGCAUCCUGGACGCAGGUGGGCGUAACGUGACCAUCUCCCUGCAGUCGCGCACAGGCCACACCCACAUGCCCUCGGUGGUGGGGCUGCUGGUCUUCACCCAGUUCUGGUUCUGGUUCCCCCUCUCCCACUUCCUGUCCCUGGCCUUCACCCCCACCGCCAUCAUCGGCCUCAACAAGGACCUGAAGAUGCCCAAGGUGCAGUAUCGCUCCAACUGCAAGCCCUCCACCUUCGCCUACCCCCCCGCCCUGGAGGUUCCCAAGGAGAAGGAGAAGGAAAAGGUCUCCACGGCCGUUCUCUCCAUCACAGCCAAGGCCAAGAAGAAGGAGAAGGAGAAAGAGAGGAAGGAGAAGGAAGAGGAGAAGAUGGAGGUGGAGACUGAAGAGAAGGAGAAGGAGAAAAAAGAGGAAGAAAAAGAGAAAGAGAAGGAAAAGGAAAAAGAGAAAGAAAAGGAGAAAGAGAAGGAAAAAGAAAAGGAGAAAGAAAAAGAGAAGGAGAAGGAGAAGAGGAAGGAGCCGGAGCCCAGCUUCCAGCUGCUGGAGAACCCGGCGCGUGUGAUGCCUGCCCAGCUCCGCGUGCUGAACAUGCCCGACACCUGCCGCUACCAGCCCUUCAAACCGCUGCACACGGGCGGCAUCAUCAUCCUGAAGGACACGAGUGAGGAAGAGGAGGAGCUGGUGGAGCCCGUCUCCGCCCACGGGCCCAAGAUCGAGGAGGAAGAGCAGGAGCCAGAGGCCCCAGAGCCCUUCGAGUACAUCGACGAGUGACCCCUUCCCCCGCCCGCCCCUAUCGUGCCCCCCAACGCCCACAGGCAGACAUUAGACGCCUCUCCCGAGGACCCGGAGACUUAGCAUGCCCCUCCUCCUUAUUUUACACCCCCCCUCCCCCCCCGGCUGCGGCUGCUCUCUGAGCUGGGAAUGUUUUACACUCUUGUUAAAUGGUAUCUUUUUUUUUUUUUGUCCGUAAAAUAAAAAAAGAUUAUAUAUGUA